AUGAUCCAUCCAGACCAGCGCCGAGAACUCAGACACCCAGCCGACCACGCCGCCAUGAUCCAUCCAGACCAGCGCCGAGAGCCCGACACCCAGCCGACCACGUGUAGCCUCCAGUCACCUGCUACUCGCCCUCAUCACCAGCCUGACUGGCCGGCUCUUCGUCCACAGGCAGAAGACGUGGCAGGCAGGGACAGUGCCCGCGUCUCCUCACGGCCAGUCACCGAGGCCGGCUCUGAAGGACCACCGCCCCCCUCCCCAGAGCCAGCACACAGCGAAGGGCGGCCUCUCCCGCACAGCUUGGUUCUCGCUCCUCUGGAGCGUGAAAGGGAUUCAGUGUUCCCUACCGACACUACGUUUACAGACUCUGAGGCCACGGACAAGCCUGAGGAGCCGGGCGACCCUCUGGCCAAUUUGCAACCUAAUCUCGGGGCCCAAGCUCCGCGCUCCGAGGUGACACGCAUACACCGCACAGCCUGCGCUCUGGCCGGCCGCGAGGUCACCGCGGCGCUGGACACAGAAGCAGCCAGGCCUGGAGCAAACGGGUCGGGGUCCCAUCCGGGUCCUCGGGCCGAGGCCACCCCUGCCCUGGGCCGCGGGGGACCGGCGACGGCGUGCCCAGGCCGGGGAGGCGGCGGGCACCGCGGGGAGGACGGGCGGCCGCGCGGCCCGGCACGCGCCCCGGACCCGCCGGACCCCCGCACCCCCGGACCCGCCGGACCCCCGGACCCGCCGCACCCCCGGACCCGCCGGACCCCCGCACCCCCGCACCCCCGGACCCGCCGGACCCCCGGACCCGCCGCACCCCCGGACCCGCCGGACCCCCGGACCCGCCGGACCCCCGGACCCGCCGGACCCGCCGGACCCCCGGACCCGCCGGACCCCCGGACCCGCCGGACCCCCGGACCCCCGGACCCGCCGGACCCCCGGACCCGCCGGACCCCCGCACCCCCGGACCCGCCGGACCCCCGGACCCGCCGCACCCCCGGACCCCCGGACCCGCCGCACCCCCGCACCCCCGGACCCGCCGCACCCCCGCACCCCCGGACCCGCCGCACCCCCGGACCCGCCGCACCCCCGGACCCCCGGACCCCCGGACCCGCCGGACCCCCGCACCCGCCGGACCCCCGCACCCCCGGACCCGCCGGACCCCCGGACCCGCCGCACCGCCGGACCCGCCGGACCCCCGCACCCCCGGACCCGCCGGACCCCCGGACCCCUGGACCCGCCGGACCCCCGCACCCCCGGACCCGCCGCACCCCCGGACCCGCCGCACCCCCGGACCCCCGGACCCCUGGACCCGCCGCACCCCCGGACUCCCGCACCCCCGGACCCGCCGCACCCCCGGACCCCCGGACCCGCCGCACCCCCGCACCCCCGGACCCGCCGGACCCCCGCACCCCCGGACCCGCUGCACCCCCGCACCCCCGGACCCGCCGGACCCCCGCACCCCCGGACCCGCUGCACCCCCGGACCCGCCGCACCCCCGGACCCCUGUACCCCCGGACCCGCCGGACCCGACGCACCCCCGGACCCCUGUACCCCCGGACCCGCCGGACCCGACGCACCCCCGCACCCCCGGACCCGCCGGACACCCGGACCCCCCCGCACCCCCGGACCUGCCGCACCCCCGGACCCGCCGGACACCCGGACCCCCCCGCACCCCCGGACCCGCCGGACCCCUGGACCCGCCGCACCCCCGGACCCGCCGCACCCCCGGACCCCCCAUACACACCCCCGGACCCACACACACCCGGACCCCGCCGCAUCCCCGGACCCCCCAUACACACCCCCGGACCCACACACACCCGGACCCCGCCGCACCCCCGGACCCCCCAUACACACCCCCGGACCCACACACACCCGGACCCCGCCGCAUCCCCGGACCCCCCAUACACACACCCGGACCCACACACAUACCCGGACCCCGCCGCACCCCCGGACCCCCCAUACACACACCCGGACCCACACACAUACCCGGACCCCGCCGCACCCCCGGACCCCCCAUACACACACCCGGACCCCGCCGCACCCCCGGACCCCCCAUACACACACCCGGACCCCGCCGCACCCCGGGACCCCGCCGCACCCCCAACUCCGCCGCACCCCCGGACUCCUCCCGGACCCCGCAGCACCCCCGGACCCGCCGCACCCCCGGACCCCCCAUACACACACCCGGACCACACACACACACGGACCCCACCGCACCCCCGACCCCGCCGCACCCCUGACCGGGCCAGGAAGGGACCCUGCCCCAGCCGGGCCCCCGGAGAAACCCGCACAGCAGCCAGUGCUGGUGCGGCCCGCUAG